AUGCGCAGAUUCAUCGCGCCCACCAUUGCCCUUGCGGCCUUCGCCUUUGGACGCGCUGUUCCCGACCCUGGCGUCCUCGAUGCUUUUGCCUUGCCCCAAGGGGAUAUCACCUUCAAGGCCUCCAAUGGCUCUGACGUCGUCUUCGCCGUUGCCGCCCGCGUGAACAUCAUCGGCGAUAUCCACAAGCUUCCCUGGCCCGUCAGCGAGCACAUCAAGACCGUCACAGCCGACGACGAUGUCGAGCUCUGCACUGUCCGCGUCAGCAAGCAAGAUGUUAGCGUCGAAAGCCCCCGUCGCGACGACUGUCAAGCCCUGUUCGACUUCCUCAAGGGUCACCCGGCUUUGAUCAACCCCGAUCAACUUGGCUCCGAUACCAAUACCUGGGUCGAAACGGCCUGGGUCGGUAGCUGUAGCUUCCAGAUCCUCGCCCACACCCCCGACGCUGUUCUCUCUACUGGAGACAUCGCCAACUUCCUCGGCAGGUCUCUGAGUCGUCCUGGGUGGAUCAUCGAUGGAUCUGUCUCAGCCACCGAAGAGGCAGACUGCGCUGUUCGUAACAGCCCAUCAGGCCACGCCCCAGUCUCCUGGAGACUGCAACAGCGCGAACCUCUGGGCCUCGCCGACGCCAAGGAUGCCAGUCUCUCCAAAGCCUUCCCUUCUGGAAAAGACACUGCCCGAGCUGUCGAGGUGCGCGAGGUCGAACACCAGGGACCCCUUAUCGUCAAGUCUCUUUCUCAAAUCCCCAAGAACACUUCCGCCUACGUCUUCAACGGCACAGUUCGACAGGUUCCCCACAGUGUCGAAUCCGUCAACCUCACCAUCGCCAAACGAUACGAGAUGUACACCGGCGGCAAUCCCGAGGGCCCCUUCUGCACUCCCAUAUGGCUCUCGUCCGACUGGGACCAGCCACAUACACCGCUCAAGUCCGACUGCGAGCAGCUCUUGAGGUUCUGCCAACACAACACCGCAAAGGUCGUCUUUAAGGAACGCGAUCUGAACUUCUGGGCUAAAUUUGCUGCGCACGAGUCCUGCGGCCUCAGCUUCAAGACGACUAAGGACAAAAUUGCCCUCACCAACCGUGACAUGGCCGGCUUUCUCGAGAGAGCCAUCAACUACGAGCCCUCCACUUACCAAGGCAUCGGCGUUCGUGCCAAGAUGGGCGUUCGCUGCGGCUUCGAGAAGAACAACCAAUACGAUGGCGAGUUCAGACUCUUCUAUCGCGACCCCAGUCUCCCUCAGGGGCAGAUCGAGCAGCGCGACACCAGUCUUGACGCUCCCGUUAUCGAUGCGACCGAACAACGUGACGUCGCUUCUGAGGAGCCAGACUAUGAAGCACUGUCCCAGGUCGACUCUGCCGUGGACUGGCUCGACUUUGAGUUUACCGACGACGAUGGCAGCAACUUCACUGCUCAGGUCAACCCAAACGCCUUGUACACACCGUUCAACGACGGAAAAAAGGUCGCCGGCAGGCUGGAGAGAUACGAAACCCCGCUCGGCCCCUCGAAACGAUGCACCGGCAAAACCACCUACAUGGGCGGCGCCGGCCCCGACUCUGCCCUCGUCGAAGACUGCAAGAAGCUCCGCAACUUCAUGUCUGUCCAUCGCUUCUAUUUUCGAUGGAGCGACGAGAACGAGCGCGGGCCCGGCCAGCCGCUCGCCAAGGUCGACACCUGUCACAUUGCGUGGUCCGUCGGCGAGGACGCCGUCGUCGGCAAUAUGGACAUUGAGAUCGUCUUGACGAAUGCCAUCGAAAAGCUCGACAAUACCAAGGGCCGCAUGCGUGGCUGGGGCUGGGAAUGGUGCGACUUCGCUGACCAGUACGGCGUCAAAACCUAUACAAAGUGGCUCAUCUUCCCUUGA